UGGUUCCCACUAACCAUAAAUAUGAUUAUUAAAAGAAAAAAAAAAAAAUGAAAUUGAUGGUGAUGUAAAAGGUGAAUAUCCUCACCACCGCUCGCCCUGUUCUUCGGCCCUUCAACUUUCUAUCUUCUCUCUCUAUCUCCCUCACCCUACAGAAUAUCCUUAAGACAAUCUAUCCACGCUUAGAGAAAGAAACAUGCUAUCGGUGACGACGCAUAAGGAGGCGGAAUAAAAGCGUCGUCGUUCUCCGGUCAAAUGCGUUGAGGUUCAUGGAAAAUGAAGUCACUCAAUCCUGUAUCUUUGCCUGAUUCAAAGAGUAGAAGAUCAUGUCUUUGUAGCAUUCUCCCUACUGCUUCUCUUCUUUUUCUAGUUUUCUUCAUAGGCAGCACUUUUGUUAUUCCAGAUUACAAGGAGAAAAUAUCAAGAUGGAAGAUAGUUGAUAGUUUCCAAAGUUUAAAAUUCGCCACUUGUAAGAAUCGGUGCAAGCCUCAUGGAAGUGAAGCAUUACCUGAGGGCAUUGUGUCAAAGACUUCCAACUUGCAAAUGAGACCAUUAUGGGGCUUUCCAGAGAAUGAUGAAACUUCUUCAAUUAACUUAUUUACAUUGGCUGUUGGAAUAAAGCAAAGAGAUAUUGUUGAUAAAAUGGUCAAAAAGUUUUUAUCAAGUAAGUUCAGUGUAAUGCUUUUCCACUAUGAUGGUGUUGUCGAUGAAUGGAAUGAUUAUGAGUGGAAAGAUCAAGUCAUACAUAUUUCUGCCCAUAAUCAAACUAAAUGGUGGUUUGCAAAACGUUUCUUACAUCCUGAUAUAGUUGCAGAAUACAGCUAUAUUUUUCUCUGGGAUGAAGACCUUGGAGUUGAGAAUUUUGACCCUCAACAGUACCUAUCAAUUGUGAAAAGCAAAGGGCUUGAGAUAUCACAGCCAGCACUUGAUCCUGGUAAAUCAGCGAUACACCAGCAAAUAACUGCACGCCUGAGAAGAUCAAUAGUGCACAGCAGAACUUUCAAGCCUGGAACUUGUGAUGGCAAUAGUACAGCUCCUCCAUGCACUGGGUGGGUUGAAAUGAUGGCCCCUGUCUUCUCAAGAGCGGCAUGGCGUUGUGUAUGGUAUAUGAUCCAGAAUGAUUUGAUCCAUGCUUGGGGCCUUGACUAUCAGCUUGGUUAUUGUGCGCAGGGGGAUCGAGUAAAAAAUAUCGGUGUUGUGGAUGCUGAGUACAUAGUGCACUAUGGUCGCCCUACACUUGGAGGCACAGGUGAAAGUAAGGAACCAUCUCGUUCCAAUAAAAAGGAUCCAAGACUAGAAGUAAGUAUCUUACAAAGUAUACCUUCAGCAGGUAAGGAGGCAAUCGUUUGUCGAAUUCAAAAUAUUUCAAAAACGAUGGGAGAAGGCUGCUAAGGAGGAUAAAUGUUGGAUAGAUCCAUAUGAACAAGCAGAGAAACAAAGCAUGCCCCACUAUCAUGUAGCCCCUAAAGCUGUGUAGAUAAUGUACCAUAUACAUUAUUGAUGUAUUAUAGAAACAGGUAAGAUAAAGCGAACCAAGUGCAGUGAUGGAGAUGGAGUUAUCCAGAUAUCUCAUGCUGUGGAGUUCAAAUAUUUUGGACGUCAAGUGGAGGUUCCUCAUGUGGCGGUCAAGUUUAAGAUUAUGCAUCUUUGUUUGUAUAUAUUGUAAUUUCAGAGAAUGUAACUAUGUCAUUAUUUUUUUCAAUAAAGAAAAUGCAGUGAACUAGAUAUAGGUAAAGACCAGAAUACUGAAAAGAGAUAUAAGGAGGAAGAAAAGCUCAUUCUCUUGUGACUAUUUGUUCUUUUCAUCUUCCAUUAAUGAAGGUUUUGUUAAUAAAAGAUCUUUGGUGAUUUCUGCAUUA